AUGGGUCACAACCCACAGCUGCUGUGGAAAGGUCACCAGGGACUCGAGCAGGCCAGGCCUGCUUUUCCAGAGCGGGAUGGGACGGGCCCCACUGUGUCUGCCUCUGCCCUCGCUUCCCUCUCUGCCUGGGGCCCCAACCAGCUGAGUCCAAGGGGUCUGAAUGCUCACACCAAGCCUGAGACCGAACAUCCCUUUCCUGUCUCAGCUCCGCCUGGGCCCCUGUCUGGCUCUGGCGUCCACUUCCUCCCCUGGAGAGAUCCGUGGACUCACCGAGGUAAGUACAAAAAACACGCGUGGGAAGCAAAACUGCCUAAUACGGGAUUAUUUCUGCUGAAGGCUUUUGAGCCCUACCUUGAGAUCUUGGAAGUAUAUUCCACAAAGGCCAAGAAUUAUGUAAAUGGACAUUGUACUAAGUAUGAGCCCUGGCAGCUGAUUGCCUGCAGUGUCGUGAGCACCCUGCUGAUAGUCUGGGUAUAUGGCUUCGUCUUCCAGCCAGAGAGUUUAUGGUCAAGGUUUAAAAAGAGAUGUUUUAAGCUCAUCAGGAAGAUGCCUAUUAUUGGUCGCAAGAUCCAAGAUAACUUGAACAAGACCAAGGAUGAUAUUAGCAAGAAUAUGUCGUUCCUGAAAGUGGACAAAGAAUACGUGAAAGCCCUGCCCGUUCAAGGUCUGAGCUCGUCGGCGGUUCUGGAGAAACUCAAGGAAUACAGCUCUAUGGGUAUGAUUCUCGUGCAUGGUUCUUUGUCCCAUGCGGUGUAUUUAUCAUACUUCAUAUCUGCUUGCAUUUCUUUGCAGGCUUACGGAAAUUUUGCGUGGAGUAAUCCAUUGCAUCCAGAUAUCUUCCCAGGACUGCGAAAGAUCGAGGCAGAGAUUGUAAGAAUAGCUUGUUCCCUGUUCAAUGGGGGACCGGAUUCCUGUGGAUGUGUGACCUCUGGGGGGACAGAAAGCAUACUGAUGGCCUGCAAAGCUUAUCGGGACCUGGCCUUUGCGAACGGCAUCAGAACUCCAGAAAUUGUGGCCCCCCAGAGUGCCCAUGCUGCAUUUGACAAAGCAGCCAAUUAUUUUGGGAUGAAGAUUAUACGGGUUCCACUGAACAAAAUGAUGGAGGUGGAUGUUCGGGCGAUGAGGAGAGCCAUCUCCAGGAACACUGCCAUGCUCGUCUGUUCUGCCCCCCAGUUUCCUCACGGUAUCCUAGAUCCUGUCCCUGAAGUGGCCAAGCUGGCUGUCAGAUACAAAAUACCUCUUCAUGUAGACGCUUGUCUGGGGGGCUUCCUCAUCGUCUUUAUGGAGAAAGCAGGAUACCCGCUGGAGCAGCCGUUUGAUUUCCGGGUGAAAGGCGUGACCAGCAUUUCAGCUGAUACCCACAAGUAUGGCUAUGCCCCCAAAGGCUCGUCCGUGGUGUUGUACAGUGACAAGAAGUACAGGAGCCAUCAGUUCUUCGUUGCUACCGAUUGGCAGGGUGGUAUCUACGCUUCCCCGACCAUCGCGGGCUCACGGCCUGGAGGCAUUAGCGCGGCCUGUUGGGCUGCCUUGAUGUACUUCGGUGAGAGUGGCUAUGUUGAAGCUACCAAACAGAUCAUCAAAACCACUCGCUUCCUCAAGUCAGAGCUGGAAAAUAUCAAAGGCAUCUUUGUUUUUGGGAAUCCUCAGUUGUCAGUCAUAGCUCUGGGCUCCCGAGAUUUUGACAUCUACCGACUGUUUAACCUGAUGACUGCCAAGGGAUGGAACCUGAACCACCUGCAGUUCCCACCCAGUAUUCAUUUCUGCAUCACGCUGGUACACACUCGGAAGCGAGUAGCCAUACAGUUCCUAAAGGACAUCCGGGAGUCUGUCACUCAGAUCAUGAAGAAUCCUAAAGCAAAGACCACAGGAAUGGGUGCGAUCUACGGCAUGGCCCAGACGACCGUCGACAGGAACCUGGUGGCAGAAUUGACCUCAGUCUUCUUGGACAGCCUUUUCAGCACUGACGCUAUAACUCCGAGCAGCCAGAUGAACGGUUCUUCGAAACCCCGCUGA